AUGCCGGGGAACCUUCUGAACGCCUUCGCUGAUGAAAACCCGGAUUUGCAGAGGCAGCUCGGCUGCGUGGCCGGGAUCUUCCAGGCGUUCAAUCGCCACCGCUUCCUCACCAGCCGCCGCCUCACCGGCCUCCACCACCAUAGAAGGCCACCUUCUGGUUCUCCCUCUCUCUCUCUCUCUCUCUCUCUCUCUCUCUCUCUCUCUCUCUCUUUCUCUCUCUUCUGCAAAUGCCCAUCGAUUGUCCUGCCAUAUUGACCCAUUAGCCAAUGAUUUCAGCAGGAAGUUCUCCUCCUCUGGCAUUUACCAAUCUUGAAGAACACGGCACGGUAAAGAAGAAUUCCCUUGCUGAGAUCUCCGCAGCUUGUUCAAACUCAUCCAUGGCGAUCUGUUCCUGUUUCAGGAGGAGAAGAACCAUAGCCAGAGCUUGAAUGGGGUCAACAAGGGGGCGGCCUCAGUUGAAUCUUUCAGAGGCUCCUCCUCAUCCUCUUCCUGUUCCUCCUCUCUCUCGUAUCACGACUGCAGCAGGCCGGAGAGAUCUCUCCCGCCGUCGUCUUCUUCCCCCGGCCAGGACCAGCAGGACCCAUCGUCUUCCUCCACGAGGCGGCCGCAGAGCUUCCGCUCCGUCGUGAAGGGCUCCAUUUACAGAGACGGUGGCGGUGAUCCAGCGGAGAAGAACAACCAGAGUUCCAAAUCAUUCCACCCGCCGGAGAUCUGGGCAGACGCCGGAGAAGCCCCCCGGCUAUCCGCCGGCGACGGAGGGCCGCUGGAGCUGAAGGAUCUGCCGUCCGCCGGCCGCCGGAGCUUCCUUCCGCCGCCGGAAUCGACGCCGGGGGACCUGCAAAACGGACGCGCCGCCGGCGUGGUGGCAAAGCUGAUGGGGUUGGAGACGAUGCCUUCCAUGCGCGGCGAGCAAGCUCUCCCGCCGGUCUUCCACCGGCGGCGGGCUCCCGCGACGGCGGCCCCCUGGAGGGAGAAGAACCAGAGCUCUGCCCCCCACCGGAGAGAGCGCCACCAGUCCGUCUACAGCGAGGUGGAGAGCAAGCUGAGGGACCUCGAUCUCCGGCAGUCCAACAGGGACCUCAGGGCCCUGAAGCACAUCCUGGAGUCGAUACGGACGAAGGGGUCGCCGGAGACGACGAAGGACGGCAGCGGCGCUGCCGCCCGCCGCUGCGAAGAACAGGGCGGCACCGACGUCUCCCCGAUCGUGAUCAUGAAGCCCGCUGGAUCCGCCGACCGGACUGGGAUUCCUGCCUCGUCGAUUCUUCCUCUGGGCGGCAUCUCCGGCCUCAAGGUUCUCAUUGGCGGCGCCGCCGCAGAUGGUGGUGGAGCUGCCGCAGUCGCCGCCGCCGUGACAGCUAAAAAUCGGAGCAGCUGCAAGUCCAGGAGCAGAGAAUCUGGAAAUCAACUCCUCUCUGAGGGUAAGAAGCCCAGCUCGUCGAGGCCUCGGCAGCCGAGGAGGGAGAGCAGCGGAACAUCGAGCCCGAGGCUGCAGCAGAAGAGAGUUGACUACGAGAGGAAGUCAACCCGCCCCCCUGCUCCUGUCGGAUCAGGGAAGCCGCAGAGGAAGUCAACCGGCCGGCACGCGUCGGAAUCUGUGUCGCCGAGGGGGAAGGUCAUACAGCAGAAGGCGGAGAGGAUGCGCCGCCCAACCGUUGAUCACUCGGCGGCAAUCGGCAGUGGCAAGAAAUCCUCCGGGGAGGAGAGCCGUCGGCGGGGGGAAGUCAACGCGACAUCACCCUUGCAGUCGGACGCCGCAGGAGUGAGCGGUGCUGCUGAUCAUCAGUUCGCCGAACUAGGCUCUGAUUUCAGUCAACGGGGCGGCCAGAUUACUCCAAAUCCGGAAGAAAAGGUUUAUUUUUCCCUUGGAUAUUUUGGAUUUAAAACCGAAAAAACAUUUUCUUGCGGACCUUGUGACGAGACCUUCGCCCAUGGCGAUUCUCUCCUGUUUCAGAAGCCGCUGCAGUGCCUCGAAGAUGAUCCUUCUGCUGAGCCUGGUGCGAUCAUCAGCCCCGUGUCUGUUCUUGACGCCCCCUUUCACAGAGACGACCACCAGCUCCCCUCACCUGUCAACAGAAGCAUAAAUCCAUUCAGAGGUGGGGAACUCUCUCUCUCUCUACUCUGUCUCUCUAGGGUAAAAAACCUUGCAAAGCAGCUGUCUUCCGCUAGAACCGGUCUUCUGCGGGAGGGAAGAGCCAUUGACAGCUGGUGCUGGUGCCGGGAGCUGUGGAGGCCUCAUAAUUGAUUUUGGAUUUAGGAGAACUCCAUCUCUUUCUCUCUCUAGCUAGAUUCCUCAAGAUCUGGCCAUGGUGGCGAGCUCUGUCUAUUCCUGUGUCGGGUACCUGAGUCAGAACUGUAGGGGGGGGGACCCUGUUCGUCUAGCUGGUGGUAAUUUCUGCAAACAGCUGGUGAGCGUCAAGGAAGGGAGAGGAAGAAAUUAGGGUUUUGCUGUGUUUUGAUGGGGGGAAUCCUUCCUGUCUGAGCAGGCGGCGAGAGAUCGGCAGCGAUCCAGAAGAAAUUCGAGAGCGUCGAGAACCUGCUUCAGAAGCUCAGGAAGCUCGGCUGCGACGGAGAUGGCGACCACCUCGCCUCGCUCUGCGAGAAGCGGACGCCGGAUCAGAGGUACGUCUCGGAGGUGCUGCUGGCCUCUGGACUCCUCCUCAAGGACCUCGCCGGAGGAGGGGGCGGCGGGGCCGCUGCUGCUCCGCCGACCGUACAGCUCCAUCCCUCGGGCUUUCCGGUCAAUCCCGAUCUAUUCCUGGUUCUGGAGCAGAGGAGAUCGGGAUUCCUCCCCGCACAGGGGAGAUCGAAGCCAGAUCUGGAGAAGAUCCGCCGCCGGCUCCUCUUUGACGCCAUCAACGAGGUGCUGCUCCAGAAGGUGGAUCCUCCUCCGCCCCCCCCGCUGCGGCGGCGGAUCUUGGCCGGGAGGACCAUCGCCGGCGGGGUGCCGCCGGGGAAGCGGCUUCUGAGGGAGCUCUGCUCGGAGAUCGAGCGCCUCGAGGCCUACGGCGGCUGCGCUGCGGCCGGCGUGGAGGCGAUCUUGCGUGAGGACGCGGCGAGGCAAUGGCGGUGGUGGCUUGCCGCCGGCGAGGAGCUCCCUGCGGUGGUGCUGGACAUCGAGCGCUCCAUCUUCAAGAACCUCGUCGGCGAGGUCAUCGCCGGCGAAUCCUUCCCGCCGGCCAACCCUACGCUGCGCCGCCGCCGCCGCCUAUUCUCCCACUAA